AUGUCUCCAACAGGUAACAAGAUCCCCACUGACUCAUCUAGUCCAGCCAACUCCGGUCUAAGCCGCUCCUACAAGGAAGCUAGCAGCAGCCGGUGGCAACUAGAAGCUCUCUUCCAGACAUUCUUGGAGGACAGACCGGCCGAUACUGUUCUUGCUGUUCAAGAACGACGCCUUUUCAUUUCCUGGGACCUUAAGGCAAUCCAUUACUUGAGAAAAUGCUUGAGGACGUGGAUUCUGGACAAGGUCCCAGGUGACGCGAUCGGUGCAUUCCUCGUGACUGUCUUGUACGAACAAGACUUUCAUCUGGAUUAUCGACUGACCAUGAUGGUGAGAGAUGGGGAAACCCAGCUGCACAUUGCUCGUCGUUUGCUGGCAUUCUAUCAAAUCCGAGAUGAAGAAGGCGAUCCGCUCUGGGAUAAUGUGACCAUCUAUGCCGAAGACGCUCACCCGAAACCAUCAGUUGGUCAGGGAAAUGGUGCUGCUGGAAGACCUGCUGCCACGAAGGGACUUCCUCGUAUCCCUACACCACCGCCUGCUGAUCCGAGAUGGCCCUUCUUCAUAGGUGCGCUUAGCGACCCCGAGGUUGAAGACCUCAUGGACAAGUUAGGAGACGACGACCAGCAUGUAGAGGAAUAUUUGCCUCUCUUGUUCACCGGUGUGAGUAAGGAAGAUAUUCCCAUCAUCCAGGCGUUUCGGAGAUUCAAUCUCCACAAGAAUGAUUACUCCGAGCACAUUCCCCUGUCUGAGCCUGGGACCGAUCGGAUUGAACAUACACCGAAGCAGACUGACACAUCGCAGGAUAAGCCCUUACCUCCCGUUUCCAUGAAGAAGCCUCUCUCAAUCCUACCCACGGACAAGGCUCUUUCCGCUCAUAAAUCCCCCCUCCCCCUCCCCCUCCCCCUCCCGCCCCUUUCAUGCCCCUCAAGCCCAAAUCCCUCAUUUGUACGUGUGUCGACUUUCAAGGCAGAAAAGAAGAUUAAAGUCAGAUGGGCAGACUAUGUACCAAGCCAACAUGCUAACAUUGAACAGACAAAGGAUACGACGGGUCUACUUUCGUCCAGCAGAGCUCGCCCGAAGCCCCCCGUUAACGUCGACGACAACCAGCACCCUCCUCGUCCCUCAGACACUGUUCAUGCUUUUAUUCGAAGUCCUUGGCACUAUAAUAUUCCCCCGUCCCCUCCUCAACUAAAGAAGAGAGCGGGAGUCGAAGACUUGCGCAAGGCUCGAGAGCGUGGUGCUUGA